AUCCAUUGCACGGAGGAUCAACAGGUGCGCCGUGCACACAACGGCCUGUUCGACAAUCCGAUGAUGUGCUUGCUUCGCUGUGUGGUUAUCUCGAUGACCAAACCUUAAAAAAGCCCAUCGGCAACUCAUUUCAUUGCACAAUGACUCGGUUGUUAUGGAUCGCAAGUCGCAUUUCCCGCUGUCACACCGCUUUCUUGUUGACGCUAUCCCCAAACAUCACACCACAUUCUUCUUCUUUUUUUUUUUCUUACUUCUGGCUCCAGUGUGUCCACUUUCUCGGUCUCAGUGUCAAUAAUAACAUCAUUUGGUCCAUAAUUCCUACGCCCGUCCCCCUCCCCCCACCAUCCAAUGGCUGUGUCAUCGUCAUUAUUGGCAUUGUCAGUUGCCCUCAUUCCAUGGCCCACGGGGAGGGAGCACUGCUUGGAUGGUCCGUGACCGCUCCGUCUCUCUCUCCUAAGGCUUCUCUUCCUGCCUCACUCAUCCCACGCGUACGUCGGCCAUGGAAGGGGAUCGAGGCUGGCUGUACGGUACCCAUAUCGCAAAUGCCGGUCGCCCAGUCUUCACGAUGAUAAUGACGAUGAAGUGGGCACGGCACCGCCUAUCUGGAAUCUCUUCCCCAAUUGCACGUCCUCGGGAGACUAACAGGCGCAUUGGAGGAUUCUCUUUUG